GGAACAGCCCGAAGGCGAACUUCCUGCGGAAGAAGAUGAAGCAGUUUGGAGACUUGAUUGAAAAGUGUUUAAUUUUGGACCCCCAAAAGAGACUCACUCCCGACGAGGCGCUGCAGCACCCCUUCGUCAAGGAGACCAUUCACUUCGCAGACCCUGCUGCCAGGCCCUAG